AGACCGCCACUUGCACUUGUCCAGUAUGUCCGACGCAAAGAAACUCAACUGCUUGAUGUGCGGUACCGGAGAGUAUACCACAGGGUGGACCCCCUCUGGUGCCUCCAAGUCAGACAAGAAAAUUGGCGUUGUCGGACUUACUCUCUUCGAUUUGCGAAGACUGGGCAAAGUGAACAAACUCAGCAUGGUCGGCGUGAACGGCAAGAAGUUCCCCGCUAUCCGCGAGCAUUUGCAGGCAAACAUUGCCCAGGUUUACAAGGACAUGGAUAUUUCCUUUGAUGCCUUCCCCGGAGAGGACUCAGUCGACCCGGCGGCCUACAAGCUUGCGAUUGACAAGCUUGCGCCAGGAGAUGCGGUGAUCAUCUUCACUCCGGACAAUACUCACUACGACAUUGCAAAGUAUGCCAUUGAACGCGGCAUGCACGUGCUUGUGACGAAACCCGCCGUCCAGCUGCUCAAGCACCACCAUGAGCUCAUUGAGCUGGCGAAGAAGAACAACGUUGUCUGCUUCGUUGAACAUCACAAGCGAUUCGACCCUGUGUACAGCGACGCCAAGGCGAAAGCAGUGGCGCUUGGCGAGUGCAACUUCUUCAGUGCUUGGAUGAGCCAGCCGAAGAGCCAGCUGGAGACCUUCCGCGCAUGGGCGGGUAAGGACUCUGACAUCAGCUUUUACCUCUCGUCGCACCACAUAGACAUCCACUGUUGGAUCAUGCAGGGCAAGGCCGUGCCCACUCGCGUUGUCGCUAGCGCAGCGACAGGCAUCGCGACGAGCGAGCCGUACAACUGCGUCCCUCAGACCGAGGACACGAUCACUCUCCUCGUUGACUGGCAGUCGCUGAAGAGUGAGAAGCACCGAAGCACCGCGGUAUACACCGCGUCGUGGACUGCCCCGCUCAAGUCCGGUGUGCACUCGGCCCAGCACUGGUACUACAUGGCGGAGAAGGGAGAGAUCAACGUUGAUCAGGCUCACCGUGGCUACGACGUUGUCUACGACGAGAGUGGCAAGGCGUACUUUAACCCAUUCUACAUGAAGUACUCGCCCUCUGAAAGCGGUCAUUUCGACGGGCAGCGCGGCUACGGCUAUGUCUCCAUCGAGAAGUUCGUCGAUGCCGCCCGCGGUGUGAACGCAGGCACGAACAAGCCCACGGACUUCGAUGCACACGGCCUGCCGACGAUCUCGAACACGAUCCUCACGACUGCGAUUCUGCACGCAGGGCGCGUCAGUCUCGACGAGAAGCGUGCGGUAUUUAUCAAGCAGCAGGGCGACGAGUGGGUACUCGAGUGAGUGGGCGCGGCGAGAUGACGAGAUUGCGGGACGCACACAAGGUCAUCGUUUAGCCCCGGAUGUGCGCUUGAGUGUAUGACAAAAUGCAAGGCUGUGAGUAUCUCCUGC